CGGAUCUCGCCCCAACCCAGCGCCCACCCGCUCGAGGAUGGUGGCGGCGGUGUCAAGCGGCCCGAGUUGGACAAACGGCGCAUUCAGCGGAUGUUCAGCUGGACUGCAGACUCACCGGCAAUCACCGGCAGCGAGACGAGCGUGGCGACAAUCGACGAUGGAGGGACGAUGUGGAGCAGACAGCAGAACGCCGUGUCGGUGCGGCACGCGUUCAAAUCUUACGGCACCAAGAAGAAACCAAAUCAAGUUCUAUCGAAUCUUAACAUGACAGUAGCCAAAGGAACUAUUUAUGGACUUUUAGGAGCAUCCGGUUGCGGUAAGACCACACUGCUUUCAUGCAUAGUCGGGAGGAAGCGGCUCAACUCGGGAGAAAUAUGGGUCCUGGGAGGCAAACCAGGAACAAAGGGAUCCGGUGUGCCCGGCGCACGCGUAGGUUACAUGCCUCAGGAGAUAGCUUUAUACGGAGAGUUCUCCAUCCGCGAGACGAUGAUGUACUUUGGCUGGAUCUUCGGCAUGCACACGUCGGAGAUCGUCGAACGAUUACAGUUUCUGCUCAACUUUCUCGAUCUGCCAUCGGAGUCACGGUUGGUGAAGAACUUGAGCGGUGGCCAACAGCGCCGGGUGUCGUUUGCCGUCGCCCUGAUGCACGAUCCCGAGCUGCUCAUCCUGGACGAACCGACCGUCGGUGUGGAUCCCCUGCUGCGACAGAGCAUAUGGAACCAUCUGGUGCACAUCACGAAGGCCGGCCAGAAAACGGUCAUCAUUACGACGCACUACAUCGAGGAAGCACGACAAGCGCACACGAUUGGUCUGAUGCGAUCCGGGCGAUUGCUGGCAGAAGAGUCCCCCGCCUGCCUGCUGUCGAUGUAUCGCUGCAGCAGCCUGGAAGAUGUCUUCUUGAAGCUGUCUCGCAAGCAAGGCCAAGCCAACGUAGCCCCAGCUGAGCUUAACAUCAGCAACAACAUUUCGCUGUCGGCGCUAGCAUUCGGCAACAAAAAGGACAACCCAGUCUACGUCAGCCAGGAGAGCGGGGUCGUGGGACUGAACUUCCACCAGAGCAAGGAGGUGCUCAUCAGUGACAGUAAUGGAUCCACUAUUGCGAUUAACGGACUCAACGGAUCGGCGCCCGGUGCAAUCAGCGAAGCAGUCGACUGUGACAACUGCGCAGAGUGUUCCGGUUGCUCCAAUUUCACAUCGAAGGGGAAGAUCAAGGCACUGCUGGUCAAAAACUUCCUGCGCAUGUGGCGGAACGUCGGGGUGAUGCUGUUCAUCUUCGCGCUCCCGGUGAUGCAGGUGAUACUGUUCUGCCUGGCGAUCGGGCGCGAUCCGACCAACCUGAAGAUGGCCAUCGUGAACGGCGAGAUGAACUCGACCAUCGACUCGGACUGUGUCUUCGAUCCCGGGUGCAGCUUCACGAGCCUGUCGUGCCGCUACCUGAGCCACCUCAACUCGACCAUCGUCAAGGAGUACUACACGGACCUGGACUCGGCCCUCGGCGCCGUACGCGACGGCAACGCCUGGGGAGCCCUCUACUUCACCGACAACUUCACCGACGCGCUCGUGGCACGCAUCGCUCUCGGCCGAGAUGCGGACGAUGAAACCCUGGACCAGUCGGAGAUUCGUGUGUGGCUCGAUAUGUCCAACCAGCAGAUCGGGAUCAUGCUGAACCGCGAUCUGCAGGUGGCGUACCGGGAGUUUGCCCAGCAGCUGCUGCGCGUGUGCGACAACAAUCCGAAGCUCGGUGACGUGCCCAUCCAGUUCAAGGCGCCCAUCUACGGGACCAACGACCCAUCCUUCACGGACUUUGUCGCGCCCGGUGUCAUUUUGACCAUUGUGUUCUUCCUGGCGGUCGCGCUCACGUCCUCGGCGCUGAUCAUCGAGCGGACCGAGGGCCUGCUGGAUCGCUCGUGGGUCGCCGGCGUCACGCCGACGGAGAUCCUGCUGUCGCACGUCAUGACGCAGUUCGUCGUGAUGUGCGGCCAAACGGCGCUCGUACUCAUCUUCAUGAUCGUGGUGUUCGGCGUGACCAACAACGGCGAGAUUGGCUGGAUCGUGGUGCUGACCAUCCUGCAGGGUCUGUGCGGAAUGUGCUUCGGGUUCGUCAUCUCGGCCAUCUGCGAGCUCGAGCGGAACGCGAUCCAGCUCGCACUCGGCUCCUUCUACCCGACGUUGCUGCUCUCGGGUGUCAUCUGGCCGAUCGAGGGCAUGCCGCUCGUGCUGCGGUACGUGUCGCUCUGCCUGCCCCUCACGCUGGCGACCACCUCGCUCCGCUCGAUACUGGCCCGCGGCUGGAGCAUAACGGAGCCGGACGUGUACAUGGGUUUCGUGUCGACGAUCGCCUGGAUUGCGCUGUUCCUCAUCGUGACGGUGCUGGUGCUCAAGUUCAAGCGCGGCUAGAUGCCCCGAGACACACUAACACCGGCAGGACAAGUAACCCCAGGGACAAGAGGGACAGCUUGAACGGUCGUGGCGAAGGUUUCCCCUGAUUCCCCCUUUUGCUCAAAGUCCCCUCUUAGAUAGGCUGCUUCCUGGGCAUCUUUAUCUGCUUGCUUUUCCCGAAAACUGUCACAGCUAGCGUGUCACAGCUGAGUCCCUGAGUUCCGAUUGAUUUUAGCUCAACCCCCGGUUUUUUUUAGCAGACCCGGCAUUAUCACCCCGGUAGACGUGUGUUCGGAGUUUGAUGCAAUGGAACCGAACAUCGAAUCAGUAGUUUGUUUGGGGAUUGCGUGGAUUGAGUGAUUGAGCCCUUCUUGGGAUGUAUGUGUGCGAGUAGUGUGUGUGUGUGUGGAUGUGGCCGAAAUUUCGGAACGCAUACGGUGCGUCCUGCAGUUUCAGGAAUAUUUUAUGGAUCCCGGAAGCGGAAGCGAGGCCGACGGACGAACGCAUGCAUAAAAGAAAACCCGAACGAACGCGUCAAUGUGAACUGUGAUUGUAAAGCAAUGAGCGAAAGCUAUUUCAAUAAUUUUGUUUUAUUAUAAUUCGUAUCGUUACUAGAACAGAGAGAGCGCACGGGAGAGAGAGAGAGAGAGAAAGUGAGGGGGGUUAUGGUUUACUGCCCGAGAGGAGUUUUUGGACCGAGGUCCCUUUUCCAGCACGCGGAACACACAACAUUAACUAGCCGAUAUCCACAGUCCGUGCGGCGGCAAUGCGAAACAAUAGUUCUUAAACAAUAACCAUUCUUUUCCAUUUGGCGCUGUUGGCGUUGGUUCCAGAAAUUACCCUAAGGUCCUGUAAGAUCCUAAGGGGUUUUGUACGAACACAUUUUAAACGGUUUGUUUUUUUGCAUAACGCUGUAACGGGAGCUUUGCACGUUCGGCAGGACACGGCAGGAGGAAACGAUCCAAAUCUAACCAUGCGAAUCACUGACUGUGUGGGUGGGAGAUGUUCUAUUUGCUCUGGGUGGUUUUUUGUGUAGUUAAUUGUUGCUUCUCCUGGACCGCACAAUUUGGCCCGGUUCGGUUCGGUCCAACCCCCGUUCAGCUGGAUACAAGUUGGUGUGCGGCCAUAAUGCGAAAUCUGCGAGCGAUGGAGCAACUAAUAUGACCCUGCCGUAGUAAAAACAUUGCAGCAGUGCACCACAAUGUCGUAAUGGAACAACAUAAAACGGCGGAGGAAAUGUAACAAAUACUUAUUCUUACAAUCAUAUACAUUACUUGGGGAAACUAUGGAGAAUGGAAAACAAACACGGACAAUGAACUAAUCUUAAAGUAGAUGCUUUCAUAAGAGUUUUUUAUUAUUAUUAUUUGAUCGCUUGUCCCAUGCGUCUCGGUCGGCCCGUCGGCCGCAGGAUCGCUACAUACCAAGUGGGGGAGGCUAAGUAAAUACCAUGAGUCAGAGAGUGCACAAAACGAGGCGGAGACAUAUUUUGAGUUAUUCCAGCAAAACGGAACACGCCCCUGGCGGUCUGCAAUGUAUUUGUGGAGGAAAAUAAAAAAAAUGUAAUAAUAAUAAAAACGA